AAUUUACAGGCUGGUGCGCCGGACGCCUUAUCCGCAGGUGCGACUCCGUAAUUGCCGCGCGUGAGCCGGCUGGCGCUGCGUUUCUUGCCGUCGGAAAAUUUCGGACGGCCGCACCUCGAAAAAAUGGGCAGCCAUGCGCGACGAUAAAAGGGCAGCCAUGAAAAUAUACUUUUUGUGGCUGCUGGCCGCGGCGCGGGCCCAGUACGACCCGACGUCCACCCCGGCGCCGCCCACCUACGGACCAACCCUAGCACCCACAUGGACGAAGAAGCCGACGACCGCGUCACCCACAAAGACGCCGACGGCGCCCACAUCGUUCCCGACGUCGCUGCCCACGCCCGCACCGACGAUCACACCAAAGCCCUCAAUUAGUUUUGAACCGACACCACGACCUUCACAUGUCCCGACGCCGCGACCUACUCAUACGCCUUCAUCGAUGCCGACGACCGCGACGCCGACGACCGCCGUACCAAGCCCCGUGCCGUCGCCGCAACCGACCGCUUCAUUUAUAGAAGUCGUCGAAAUCGGCACGGCCAUGGCUUGUAUUGCGCACGUGCCUUGUCUCGUGUCCUGGCGGACCUCAGGUGCAGAGGCGGACUGCAACAAAGUGACGCUGACCGUACGCCUCAACGACGGGCCCUGCGACACGAAGCAGUGCGACUGGGUCCUGACGGAGCAGGCCCCGAACGACGCGACGCCGUCGACGAAUAUUGUUGUGGAGGGCGACGUUGACGAUGGGUCGUUGUAUGAGCUAGUGGCGUGGUGCCCCGGUUCGAACCUGGAGCUGAAGCACGUCCAAGCCUUCUCCUUGUUGACGACGCCGGCGCCGACGCCGGCGCCGUCGCCGGCACCUACGCCGAGACCGACGCCGCGGCCGACGCGACUGCCGACACCUCUGCCGUCGCAAGCACCAUCGCAAGCACCGACGCCAGGACCGUCCCAGGUCCCUUCCCCAAACCCGACGCCGUCGCCCGUCCCGGCGAAGGCCCAACCCAUGUCCUUCGUCGACGCUGCCGGCGGGCCGGCCGCGAUGGGCGGCGCCGGUGCAGCUUUAUUCAUACUAGCGGGCCUGUUCGCCCUUUACAAAAGGCGGAAGUACAAGAAGCAGUACGCGCGAGAACAGGACGAGGAGGCGCCCUUCGACGUCGACUCGCCUCGACAAACGCCGCGGCCUCCAUUAAUGCCGCCGCCGCCGCCGCCGCCCUCGAACCUCGUCGACGACAAUGAUCUCGAAGCUGAUUUUGAGGAGUGGGACUACGCGGACGAGACCAUGGGCGACGAGGCGAAAGAAAGGCCCUUGGACACGCCGUCGCCUCGACGGAACUCGGUGACGUCCUACGUAGCGAGACGGAAAGGCCGACUCGUCGAGUGGCGUCCUGAUGGGUCCGCCUUCGUGAAGUGGUCCGAAGGUGAUCGCUUCGCGCAUGCUCUCGUGCGAGUUUUGAAAUUACCCCCAGACCAGGGCAAAGCACCACCCACAAAAGGCGUGCGGCCGGGCGAGUCCAUGUGGGUCGGUUCCGCGCAACAAGGGUUCGACAUACCUUCCGUGCAACUAUCGGACGACUUGCGGGCGGCGGUCGAGCGCGCCGACAUGUGGCCCUUUUCUCAGAGGUUAACUGCCAUGAGAGAAACUCUAGAGAAGCUGAGAGUACCCUACGCUACGGGACGAGUGGAGCUGAAAGUAAAACGGAGUGAUUGUUAUGGUGGUGCGCGAAAGGCCUUUGCGAAACUAGCGCCCAAAGCAUGGCGCAUGAGCUGGUUCCUCAAGUUCGAUGGUGAAAGCGGUCUAGAUGCGGGCGGUUUAUCUCGAGACUUCUGGCGGUUAUGUUUAGCGAAGGCCUUUGACGAGAACAAUGGCUUGUUCCGACCGAGCGACGCAGGAAAUACGACUUAUGAUGUUGUUGGAAUAAGAGGCAUCAAGGACAAAGACGAGCGCUCGAACAAGCUAUUAGAGUAUCGCUUCGUCGGUAGGUGUCUCGCGAAGUGCCUCUUCGACAAUCAUAUCAGCCUGGAGGCGUCGCCGAACGUAAAAAUUUUGAAGUAUCUGGUGGGCGAGCCGAUCAUCUUCGACGACUUGCGGCUCGUGGAUGAAGAGUUGUGGACCUCCUUAAAUCAACUGCGGAAGAUGCCCGCCGAGGAUUUCCAGCAUCUGUGUCUGACCUUUGAGGUCACGAGAAAAACGGUAAGUGGCACGGAAACGGUCAAAUUGAAAAAGGAUGGCGACCGAAUCCCGGUCAGCAAGGGCAACGUGAACGAGUUCAUCCAUUUGAGGCUGCGGGAGGCGGUCUACGGGUGCCAUAGGGAUGCCUUGACAGCGUUGUUGGCUGGGUUUCAUGAAUUGGUGCCACCAGCAGCCAUGUUGUUAGUCACGGCUCGCGAGCUCGAAUUAGCUUUGUGCGGCACGCCGACGCUGGAUCUAGACGAGUGGAAGAAGCACACGGUCUACAAGGGCGCGUUCGCGAACGACCGCGCGGAGCAUCCCGUGACCCGAGCCUUCUGGCAGGUCGUCGAGCGGUGGGACGAUGAAAGACGCGCUCGAUUGCUGCAGUGGACCACCGGAUCCGCACGAUUGCCGGUCGGGGGCUUCGCGCAAUUGCAACAAAGGGACGGCGUCUCGCGGUGCUUCUGUUUGACGUCGAUACCCGUGAGCCAGGCGACGUACCCGCGCGCGCACACGUGCUUCAACCGCAUCGACCUGCCGUUGUACGACCGGCCGGCGAACGAGAUGCCGCGCGCUUUGGAAUUUGUCAUCACGAACGCGACUGCGGAGUUUUCGAUGGACUAAUUUGUAUCUAUCUACUAAGGUUAAAAAUAAAGUUAUAA